CACAAACACAAACACACCAAGAUAGUAUUCUAAUUUCGAAAAAAAUGAAAAAUGAUGAUUCCUUCAAGAAGCCCGGAUCCAUUCCCUUCAAAUGGGAGAUCCGACCCGGAGUCCCGAAACCCCAAACACAACCGGGUCGUCGCCAGCUUGAAUCCGGAUCCGAAAAGCUGCACCAGAGGAAGCACAAGGUAGCACUAGCAAGCAUUCACAACGACCCGAUUCAGGAAACACCAAGAAAGCUCAAACCACCACCAGCCGGGUUAUUCUUCCACCCCCCCAUGGAGCCCCAAACCCGAACCCGAACCCGAACCCGCUCCAUCCGAUCAUCGCCGCGCACACUAUCAGAUCGGGUCGGAUCACCACGCGCAUUGCUUCUUGCCCGACCCGACGUGGUUAUUACGGCUGGGUGCUUCCCAUCGCCCCAGAAACCGAAGAAUGUGAAGGGGGCUAGAUCCGUAUCCGAACCCGAUUACUAUUCGGAUAUUGAGGUUUCGUCGCGGUGGUCCGUUUCGAGUAGGAAAACAGUCCCGACGUCGUCUCCUUCCAUUCACGGGUCAUCGCCCCGACCCGUUUCUGAUGCGGAAUGGGCAGGGUUCGGGUUGUUUUAGAAUCAAAUGGAUCAUCGUUAAUAAUAGAAGAAGCACUAUAUAUCUUUUGCUCAAUGUGUUUUAAAUAUCCAUGCAAUCAUAUACAUCGAAGUGUAUAAAUGGAGAACAAAUUUUACUUAAUUUAUGGCAUGUUAUCUGAAUAAA